GGGAUAGGAGGGAGAAUUUGAAACCCAUGUAUCCUUCCUCCUCCCCUUCCCAAAAAUACGACAAAUAAUAUUUUUAGAAGAGGAAAAUAAAAAUCAACCGUGUAUCAAACUUUAAAGCCAUCCUCUAAUUUUUGAGGACCCCCUUAAUUUCCAGUUCUUUGCCACUACAGAAAGCUUGCAUAUUUUUGUACAUGUGAAUCUUUUCCCUAGGAAAAUGUAUUUUGGAAGGGACUGAUCGUAAUUCAUGCACAAAGGGGUAGCAAAGGGCGAAACAAAUAAAGCAUAAAGUAGACUUCCCUGAGUGCCCGCUGGAAAAACUGAAGGCGCGAUGUCACCUGGACCAAAGCCGCAGAGGACGCGGCGAGGGGCGGGGCUAAGCGGGACGGCCUUCGAGGAGGGCGGGGCGUCGUCACCACGCCCCUCGUGGUCAGUGACGCCAACGAAAACCUCGCCUGGCGCCGUCGAAUCCUAACAGUCCUUCGGCCUGCCCCGGAAACAGUACAUCCCCGUGGGUCGCCAUGGGCAGCAAGAUGGCUGCGGCCACCCGGGUCGUGCAGGUAGUCAAGCCACACACUCCACUAAUAAGGUUCCCUGACAGAAAAGGCUACCCCAAACUGAAUGUACCAGGAUCUUUAAAAUCAUCCGUGCUUCCAUCUCACUCUUCUGCAGUAUCACAGCAUUCUGUGGGUGGUAAAUCAUCAGGUUUGCCAAUGAAUCAUGGUCCACCAGAUACCGCUGAAAUAGUAAAAACAUUACCUCAGAAAUACAGGAGGAAACUCAUGUCUCCAGAAGAAAUUGAAUUUAUUCAACGUGGAGGUCCGGAGUAAUCACUGACAAGCCUGUUAUUUAUGAUUGUCAGACAUAGAGUGGCUAUCUUCACAAUAAAGGCCUUCAAAAACGAC